AUGGUUCCCCUCGCAGAUGCCCCCCGCCGGGUAAAGGUUUUCGUGGCGGUUACUGCGAGCAUUCUGAUUCUCCUUGUGGUCUUGCUCUGGCAGGAUUCUGACGAUGCGACGCCCGUCUGGGUCACAAAGAACAAACCAGGCCCGUCGAGUCCGUCAGCGCCAGCAGAUCAUCACGCUUCGGUCCCUUCGACUUCGUCGACCCCAUCGAAAGACUCCAAAACAAGCGCUGCCGGCUCGUCGAAAGAUACGCAUUCAAACCCCAACCCCGCAAGCCCGGGGGUGAAAGCAAAGGAUCCCCUGCACGACAUUGGAAAUUCCACUCUCGGGUUUGAGCGGAUUUUCGCCAUUGGCUUCAGUAACCGAAUGGACAAGAGGGAUGCUGUGACGGUCGGCGCAUCGAUUGCGGGUCUGGAUCUGGAAUGGAUGGAAGGCGUUCGCGCGGCAGAUAUUCCCGAGAAAGGAUACCCUGAGGGAUGGGACACAAAUAUUCGAAAUGAGAAUGAGAUUGGAUGUUGGCGUGCUCAUAUGAAUGCUAUUCAAAGGAUCGUCCAGGAGAAACGUUCUUCGGCGAUGAUCGUGGAAGAUGAUGUCGACUGGGAGGCCCAUUUUCGAGGACUUUCUCGACACUUCGCCACGGGGGCGCGCGCUUUGCAAGGGUCGGCAGAGGAAACAAGGUCUCCGUACGGGGACGACUGGGAUCUAUUGUGGACAGGCGGGUGCGCCAUGAGAACCAUCAAGCCCACAUUCUACGUCACGUAUAAUGAGACGACAGUGCGGCCCGUCGAACACCGCAAGGAUAUUUGGUGGCCGAAAAUCUCGGAGGAGCCCGAGUACGAGGGCGCACGGUUCGUGUUCGACGGCGCCGUUGGGGACUGCACUCCUUCCUACGCCUUGAGUUAUCAAGGAGCGCGCAAAAUCCUGACUUAUAUCUCUAUGGGAACCACCACCAAUACCAUCGACAUCGCCCUCGCCCGGCUGUGCGCCGGCAAGCUCGAUGUCCCCUUCCGGUGUCUGGGCGCCUACCCGACCAUCUUCAGCAGCUUCUGGCGCGCAGGCUCCGGGAUGCGCGAUUCUGAACUUCGUGACGGCGAUCCUGCGUGGCACCCGGCCACCUCGGCCGUCGCGUACAGCACCAUGAUUAACGCCGGACGCCUAAUCAACGGCAGUACUACCGCUCUAGCGCAGUGGCCCGAGAUGAACCCCCAGGAAAUCCCCUUAGAUUACGAGCCGCCCUCAGGAGAGAUUGUCACGGUGGAUGAGCUGCCUGAAGAGGAUCGGACCGAGGAUGACUUUCCGUGA